UGUUUGAAAUAGCAGCAGAGCAGAGCAAUGAUGUCUUUGUUUCUUCUAAAAUCAACUUGCCUUUUAUUACUGAUACACAUUAUAUCACCUUCUGUUGGUGAGUCGUGUAUUGAGGCACAGAGCCAGUUAUCUGAAGGUGCUGGGGGGAUUUGCAAUGAGAUACUGACAUCUGGAACUAUAUAUAACCUUGACAACGAUACAAUAAAUACCUUCUGUGAGAAGAAUGACUGUCCCAUGAUACUUACCACAAUAUAUGGCUCUAUCACAAAAGCUUGUGGAGGUGGAGCUCCCUCUGGCCCUGAUGAUCCAUUCUAUAAUUUAUUGCAGGAGUCUUGUUGGCAGUACAACAGAACUGAUUGUUUGACGUUAUGGAAGAUAUACAUAUAUCCACUUCAAACUGGAGUCAACAACACCUUCACUAUAAACUAUAAUCUCUGUGUUCAAGAUUAUGCUCUAUCAAGGACUAACUGUACAGACAACUGCAAAACAACACUGUCAAACAUUGUGAGUGACCUUGGUUGCUGCUAUGAUGCUAUAGAGAAGAUUGGUUUCCCAUUCAUUGGAUCAGACAUGGUCCGUGCUUGCUCUGCUACUAUACCAACUUGUGGUACUAAUAAGAAAAAGAAAUAAACAAUAAAC